AUGAAUAUAUGUUCAUCGAAGUUCAUUCGGUUGAAAAGGGGUUUGGUGCGCUCCUUUAUUGUUUCGUGCCUGCAUAGUAAUUCAUCCAAAUGGGUUGAACCAGUUGGACAUUUGACUGAAAUAAAAGUUUAUAACUCUGCAACCAAGUGUAAAGUACCUUUUGUUUUGAGAAAUAUUAAUUAUGCAAGUUGGUAUAUGUGUGGGCCUACUGUGUAUGACUCUGCUCAUAUUGGACAUGCCUGCUGUUAUGUGAAAUUUGAUAUCAUACGGAGAAUACUGCAGAAUUUUUUCAACAUCAAUGUUGUAUUAGUCAUGGGUAUCACUGACAUUGAUGAUAAGAUAAUAAAAAGAGCUCUUACUUUAAAGGAAGAUUUUAGGGUUGUAAGUAGUAAGUACGAAAAUGAAUUCUUUGAGGACAUGCAUGCUCUAAAUGUUUUACCUCCGACUUUGUGUGUGCGUGUGACUGAUGUAGUUCCACAUAUUAUUGAAUUUGUGAAGAGUAUUGUUGACAAGGGUUUGGCAUAUAAAACAGGGGAUGGUUCUGUUUAUUUUGAUACAGCAGAAUUUAAGCAGUAUGGUAAGUUAUGCCCAGUUAACCAUGAAGUUGGAGAUGUAUUCACACCUAAAAAGUCUGUGAAUGACUUUGCUUUAUGGAAAGCUUCAAAGCCAGAUGAACCAUUCUGGCUUUCUCCCUGGGGAAAAGGACGUCCAGGAUGGCACAUAGAAUGUUCAACAAUUGCUAGUUGUGUUUUAGGGUCAUCUGUAGAUAUUCACUCUGGAGGCAUUGAUUUACUCUUUCCUCAUCAUGAGAAUGAAGAAUCUCAGAGUUGUGCAUACCAUGGAGUAGAACAGUGGGUGAAUUAUUGGCUACAUACAGGACACCUUCAUUUGAAAAAUGAUGAAAAAAUGUCGAAAUCUUUGAAAAACACUAUUAGCAUCCAGGAACUUUUAUCUUCUCACUCUGCAGAUCACUUUCGUAUGUAUUGUUUACUGUCUCGGUACAGAAAUGAUGUAGAAUAUACAGAUAAAACAUUUGCUCAUGCAAAAGCUGUUUAUAAAAAAAUACAAUCUUUCUUCUCAGACUGUGAUUCAUACAUUAAAGGAAUUCGAGGUAACUGCCAAAUUCAGGAGUCUGUUCUUUUGGAAAAAUUGGCAUAUACAAGGCAAAAUUUUGUAACAGCCUUGGCAGAUGAUUUUGAUACAGCCAAGGCUUUGGCAAUCUUGAUGGACUUCAUAUCAGAUAUUAAUGUAAUGCUGCAAGCAUCAUCCCAAGAAUAUGUUUCAUUUAGAAAUCCAGGAGUUAUUGCGGCUGCAAGCUCUUUUGUUCAGCAUGUUACUAGUCAACUAGGUUUGUCUUUCUUAGAUGAGGAAAAAUCCAUAAACUACCAUGAAGAUGCAUCUAAAAUAAUGGACAUGGUGACUGAAUUCCGAAGUGAGGUCCGAAAACUAGCACUUCUGAACCUUAAAAACAAAAGGACUGAUACAAAGGUAGAGCAUGAUAAACAAUUGUUAGUUGCCUGUGAUCAAUUUAGGGAUAAAUUAAACCUUGUAGGAAUUGAAAUUAAAGACCAUGGCCAGAAAUCAUCAUGGAAUAGAGAAAAAAAAUGA